AUGAAAAGCAUUAUUAGUGUAUUUGUUUAUUUUUAUUUUAAAAUUUAAAAUAAAUCAAAUCCAUUAUUUUGCAUGGUUCAAGUCAAGAGAUAAGACAGAAGAAAGGUCUAUGAAUAUUUGUUGUUGGAAGGUGUUAUUGUUAUCAAGAAGGAUAUGGCUCUCCCACUUCAUGCUGAAACAGGAGUAAAAAACUUGGAAGUUUGGAUGCUCUUGAGAAGUUUGAGAGAUAAGAAGCUUGUUGAUUUGGUGUUCUCAUGGCAAUACUACUACUAUUAUCUCAAGGCUGAAGGAGUUAAAUAUGUAAGAGAUAAGUUGGGCAUUGUCGAAGAUGUUAUUCCAGCUACUUUCAAGAAGGCUGAUAAAAAGUUCGAAGAAGAUGUCCCUGAAAGAAGGGGUCCAAGAGGCAAUAAACCAUUCGGCAGAGGAGGAAACAGAGGACCAAGAAGAGCUGAAGAAUAAACAGAAACAGCAUAACAAUGAAAUUGAUACAUACAAUCGUACAAUAUAUAUAAAUGGUUCAUUUCAAUCACGCUU